UCAGGAGCGCCCGUUCGAAGCGCCGUGACACCGAAGUGAACGCGCUCUUUGACAAGUUUUACUGCGCUGUUUAUCACUGUGAAAACUAGCCUGCAGUAUCAAACAGCUGAAUGUGUGUCAGUGUCUUGCUGUGGCUCACAGCAAGGUGGUUGGCUCAGCCACCUCUCAGUUCCCACUGAGGUCAGCGUGUCGUCACGGCUGAGCGCACUGCCCACCUGUGUGCCGCACGGACAGCUGAAUGACCCGCUGCGUCCUCUCUCGGCGUUGUCUUGACACACUUUAGAAGACGCCGAAUUUUCCUUUAAUUUUUUUCCUUAAAAAAUCAGGCUUUGAGCUGUAAAGGAUAUCCAGACGCAACAGUAAAAGAAACCUUCACCCUGUCCCAGAUGGAGCCUCCAGGCAACCCGGGAGGCACCCCGGUGGAGCUGGAGUUAACGGUGGAGAAUGUGGAGUCGGCUCUCUACCAGCUGUACUUUGAUCCAGACAUGGAGCAUAAGAAUGUAGCCCAGAAGUGGCUGACCCAGGCCCAGGCCUCUGCACAGGCUUGGCACUUCUGCUGGGCCCUGCUCAGCCCUGACAAGAUCCCAGAGGUUCAGUUCUUCGGUGCCAGCACCCUGCACACCAAGAUCUCCCGUCACUGGAGUGACCUCGCUGCAGACCAGCACGAGAGCCUGAGGACGCAACUGCUCAGCCAUAUCUUGCAGUUCUCUUCUGGGCCUAAAAUGGUGCUGACUCGUUUGUGUGUAGCACUGGCCUCUUUGGCUCUUAACGUAAUUCCCCAGGCCUGGUCUCAGCCGGUGGCGGACAUGGUGAGGGCUUUCCAACCGCACAAACCUGAUCCUGAAGAUGGCUCUGGAGCAAAGGCCUCUCAGGACCCCCACACACAUUGUCUCACUCUGCUAGAGCUUCUCACCGUGCUUCCAGAGGAGUUCCAGAGCAGCCGCUUGGCUCAAGCUCGGCGAGGCCAGCUGAGGGAGGCUCUUGCCGGAGAGUGGGCAGUGGUGUGUCCUCUGCUGCGACAGCUCAUGCAGAGCCAGGACUCAUCGAGUCAGGUGAAAGAGAAGGUGCUCAAAUGCUUGUCUAGCUGGGUGGCGCUAGAUGUGCCUUUGGGGGAAAUCCAGGAACUGCUCCAUGACUGCUUCACCGCGUUGUCCGACCCAGAGCUGUUUGACGCAGCUGUGGAGACGGUAGUUAACGCCAUCUCACAGCCCGACUGCCAAAGGUACAUUAAUGCUCUACUGAGCCUGAUGCCUCUGGUGUUGGGCCUCUAUGACCAACUGAAGACAGCAGCUCAGGAUGGGGACAUGGAAACCUCACAUGGUAUCUGUCGAAUUGCAGUUGCUUUAGGGGAAACACACUCCAGAGUUCUGUUGGAACAGGUGGACCACUGGCAAGAAUACCUAGCUCUGGUUAACAUGAUUCUCUUCUGCACGGGCAUCCCUGGACACUACCCAGUUAAUGAGACCACAAGUUCUCUUACUCUCACCUUCUGGUACACUCUGCAGGAUGACAUUUUGUCAUUUGAGGAGGAGAAGCAGUCUGUUUACCUGCAGGUCUACAGGCCAGUUUACUUCCAACUGGUGGACGUGCUGCUUCAUAAAUCCCACUAUCCCUCCCAGGAAGAGUACGCCUCCUGGUCCUCUGAUGACAAAGAGCAGUUUCGUAUUUACAGGGUCGACAUCUCGGACACUUUGAUGUACGUGUAUGAAAUGUUGGGGGCAGAGCUGCUCAGUAACCUCUAUGAGAAGCUUGGCAGACUACUGAUGGACCCCCAGCAGUCAGCAGUAUGGCAGGACACUGAGGCGCUGUUGUUUGGCUUCCAGUCCAUAGCUGAGACCAUAGACGUGAACUACUCUGAUGUUAUUCCCGGUCUUAUUGGUCUGAUCCCCAGAAUCAACAUCAGCAACAUUUUGCUAGCCGACACUGUGAUGUAUACAAUAGGCUCACUUGCUGAGUGGCUGGCUGACCACCCGGUGAUGCUGGGUGGCAUAUUGCCUAUGGUGCUUCAGGGCCUUGCAAAGCCAGAGCUGUCUGUGUCUAGUGUAUCUACACUGAAGAGGAUCUGCAGGGAGUGCCGGUAUGACCUCGGCCCCUACGCUCAGGACAUCCUGACGGUGUCACAGGAUGUACUGGUUAAAGAAGUCCACAAGAGCAGCCAGUGCAUGUGGCUGAUGCAGGGUUUGGGUUUCCUGCUGUCUGCCCUGCCAUCAGAGGAGAUUUUAGGGAGACUGCACUCACUCAUCACGCCUCACAUCCAGCAGCUGGAUACACUGGCCCAGCAGGAGCUGAAUCCCGCUAAUAAACAGAGCAUCAUCCACAUUGUGGGGAUGCUGGCCAGUCUCUUUACCACUCUGGACAUCAAUCGGCAGGCAGACUGCUUAGAGGGAGCAGCCAGCUCCAGACUCCCAGUCCCCCAGAGCACGCAAAACCCAGUGGUCGUUGUGCUGCAACAAGUCUUCACUUUGAUCCAGACCAUCCUCAGCAAAUGGCUCCAUGACUCGGAGGUGGUAGAGGCAGUGUGUGGGGUUUUUGAUAAAUCAGUUCGAACCCUCCUACAUGAUUUUGGACCCAUGGUUCCUCAGCUGGGAGAGAUGCUGGGGGAGAUCUAUAGCGCCUUCCCACAAGCCUCGGCUUUGGACCUGGCUCGGCAGAUGGUUCACAUAUUUGCUGGAGAGGAGCAUCACAUCCCUCACAUCAGAAGCCUCACUGAAGUGUUAACAUCCACCACGCUCACUAUAUUUCAGCAAGGUCCGAGAGAUCAUCCUGACAUUGCUGAAUCGUUUAUGGACCUUCACGCCCAGAUUCUUAAAAGGAAGCCUGAUUUGUAUCUGUCUGAGCAGUUCGAUGUGAAAGCACUGUUUUACUGUGGGAUUCUGUCACUCAAGUUUCCAGAGACACCCACAGUAAAAGCUGCCAGCCAGUUCUUUACAGAGUUCCUGAGUCGCUGUAAAGACAUGCCCUCAUUUGGUGAUGUGCUGCAGAGGGAUGGAAAGCUCCUGACAGAGACCGUUCUGCAGGCGGUUGGAGGUGAGUCUCCCAGCAGUCUGACGGAGCACUUCUCUGAGGUGCUGCUCAAUCUAAGCAGGCACUGCCCGGCCCUGCUGUCUCAGUGGCUCAAAGAAACACUGCAGACCCCAGGGUUCCCCUGUGCCCAGCUCACUGCAGAGCAGAAACACACCUUCAGUCAGCAGCUUCUAAGGGAACAAACCAACAAGCGUCGCGUUAAGGAGAUUGUGAAGGAGUUCGCUUUGCUCUGCCGAGGUCCGCAGGGCUCUGGAUACUCAGAUUACUAGUCGGAGCUGCCAGCGUUGCAUCCGACUUCCUCACCGGGUCUUUGAGAAAGGCCCACAGCUCAUCCUCGUUUUCAGAAACGCUUUGGUGCUAAAUGAGACUUAAGAAAGCACGACUGGAAAACAAGACGCUCCCACAGACACACUGAGUGGACACUUAUAAGAUAAUCGAGUCUCUGUGCGACAUAUUUUUUAAUAAAAUAUCCAAAGCAGGAUAAAAUGAGAUAAGAGUCAGGGUGGCAUUUUCGUAUCUCUAGGCAGGAAUGCGCAAGGUUCCAAACCUGUGCUUCGUGUCUAUGAACACUGACAAAACAACAAUAAACACAUGAAACUCUGCUGCA